GUAAGCUAGUUACACAUCACAGACGAGAGGUCCAAAGAAUCUCCAGAAAAGAUGAGUCGGUGAGAGUACUGAGCCAUGUGGUUGAACAUUAUCAUCUCUGAUGAUGAUUGAACUGGCCCUUGCAAAUUAAACUAUUCCAAAAGUCCUCUUCCCCCCCCCCCCCCCCAGAUGGGCUUUCAGAUUCUCAAAUUCUCACCAUUUGUUUCUCCUAGAACUCUAGUUUUCAACCCUGCUCCAAUCUCGCGUUUCCGAGCACAGUCAAACUACUCAAUCCCCAUUAACACCCACAAGACCAAUUUCUAUCCACCUUCAUCGAAACCCAUCAAUCAGUUCAAAUUAUCAGUUGGGUUUGGUGGGUUGGUUCAUCAGAGAAAGAGAAACUUCAGAGGUGGGGUUGUUGUGGCCAUGGCGGCACCUGGGUCUACUCAGAAAUCGGAGGAGGACUGGCGCGCUAUUCUCUCUCCUGAACAGUUCCGCAUUCUGAGGCAGAAAGGAACAGAGUACCCAGGUACAGGGGAAUAUGAUAAGUUCUUUGAUGAUGGAGUCUACAGUUGUGCAGGAUGUGGAACUCCUCUCUACAAGUCGACAACCAAAUUUAACUCGGGUUGUGGUUGGCCAGCUUUCUACGAGGGUAUCCCUGGGGCGAUAAAUCGAAAUCCGGACCCUGAUGGAAGGAGGACAGAAAUUACAUGCGCUGCUUGUGGUGGACAUCUAGGCCAUGUAUUCAAAGGUGAAGGGUUUCGUACACCCACGGAUGAACGCCAUUGUGUCAAUAGUAUCUCACUGAAGUUUGUUCCUGCAAAUUCUUCUUCUUCGCUGUGAAGUUUACUCCAAUGGUGAAAUUGAAAUAAAUCUGUUAACUUUUGUUCUUUGCCUAAAAAGAAGAAAGUGUUGUUAUUGAAAUAAAUCAGGUACACAAUGCCUCUGUUGGCAGAACUGUUCUGGUCUAAAUUACAAUACAUUUUGUAUAUUUGCUCUGCUUUCUUCUCCCAUUAAGCCAACUGACUUAUAUAACAUGAGUAAUGGUUAGACAAUCCAAAUGCAUAUCAUUCUUUAAAUGAGUGGGUCUCAUCAACUUUUUCAGUGGGACCUCCUCAUCCAACGCAAGAUAAUAUGUAUUUGGCUUACAAUUUUUAGAUUCUAUAUAGGUUGUGUAAUAUUUUUCAUAUAACAUUAUUCGA